GUGAGAAGUGCUAACGCAGCAGCAGCAGCAGCAGCAGCAGCAGCGGGUGGAUGAAGCUCUGCGUCCCCCUCAGCUGCUGCUACUCGGCGGAGACUUCACACGGAGCUCCCGCUGUCAGCCCGAGAGACCGAGAAGUUCGGCCGCCGCCAGCAUGUCCACAGUGAACAGCGGUUCCUCCGGCUGUCGGGCCGUGGUGAUGGCAGGAAAGUACCUGUCGAGUCCGUCUCCCCCGGCGCUGAGUCGGAGCUCCGGCCGGCAGCAGCGGAAAAUGUUCAGUCCGCAGCGGCGCAUGGUGAGCUCUGACGCGGCAGGCACGGCAGGAAAGCCCGCGGCUUUGGCCCAGCAGGAGCACCCGGGCUAUGUCUCCGCCGCAGACCGACAUGUGCGGGCGAACCGGAGUCUGAUUUACCGGGAUGUGAAGGCGUUUCUCAACGAGGUUGGCGGAGAUCCCCGGGAGGCUCGGUACUGGCUGACCCAGUUCCAGAGAGCGACUGCGGCUCAGUCUCCUGCCUUUGCCGUGCUGGAGGUGGACAGCUCGGCGUUCGACAGCAGGGAAAUGGUUCAGAGUCUGGCCUUCGGGCUCUCCUUCCUGCAGCGGAUGGAUAUGAAGCCAGCGGUGGUCAUGGGCCGGUCUGAGCACCAGGAGUCGGGGGUCACUGAACCGGUUCCUGGGUCUCGGAGCAGCCGGGAGCUGGUGGAACGCUGCCAGCAGCUGACCGAGGCUCUGCAGCAGGCCUCGGCCACCGUCCUGCCGUUCUUCUCCGCGGAGUCCUUCCUCCUGCUGCAUGAAGCACCGAGAGGAAGCAGUGCUCCCCCCUCCAUCACCGUGGACACCAGCCUCCUGCAGUGGAGUCUCGACUGCGGGACAAUCCCUGUGGUCUGUCCGGUGGGGAGGGACGAACGAGGCUGCUCAGUAAUACUGGACCAGACCGAGGUGACGGCGGCCAUUUCCCGAGCCCUGCAGCCCCACAAAGUCAUGUUUCUGAACAACUCGGGAGGCCUCCGUAGCCCAGAACACAAGGUGCUGGACUCGGUGUCGUUGCCCACCGACCUGCCCGGUCUGUCCGUGGCGGCGUGGCUGAGCCCAGCGGAGCGCCGCAGAGUGACCACCAUCGCCAGACUGCUCAAUCAGCUGCCCACCGAGUCCUCUGCUGUGAUCACCUCAGCAGACACGCUGCUGUCUGAGCUGUUCAGCCACAGGGGUUCUGGGACGCUCUUUAAAAACGGAGACCCCAUUCACCGGUACGCCUCUCUGGAUGAGAUUGAUGUGGAGCGUCUGCUGGCUCUCGUCAACAAGUCAUUUGAUAAAACUCUGAGGCGAGACUACAUCGACUCUUUGAAAGGACGACUGCACUCCAUCUACCUCUCCGAAGGGUACAGCGCUGCAGCCGUCAUCACCAUGGAGCCGGUGAACAGCGGCACGCCUUACCUGGAUAAGUUUGUGGUGAGCAGCAGUAAGCAGGGCCAGGGCACCAGUCACAUCCUGUGGGAGUGUAUCAGGCAGGACCUGGGCAAACUGUUCUGGAGGUCCAGAGCUACCAACAGGAUCAACCCCUGGUACUUUAAACAUUGCGAUGGCAGCUUCGUUAAUGGGGUGUGGACCGUGUUCUGGUUCGGCCUGACCGACAUCAGAGACUCCUAUGAGCUGGUAGAGUACGCCAAAAACCUCCCCGACUCCUUCCACAGCUCGUCUCUCACUUCCCCCCAGCAGACUCCUUCACCUGCAGGAUCCUGAACCACCUCCUUCAUCAGCUGCUUAUGUAGCUCUGAAACUUUAGAGAAUUGUUGAAUUUUUUUUCUUUUCUUUUAGCUUUAAGGCUGUGGAGUUUCAUUCUGUUCAACCCCAGAUCAUUCAUACUGUAUUCUCAGUGCUGCAUUUUUUUCUUCUACAGUUUUCAGUCCUCAGUCUUUUUCUCUGACUGUUGGGGGAAUUUCACCUAGGCAGUGUCUUCUGUUUUUAGAGCUGGCUUUUGCUCUAGGCAUUGCUGUGAUGCAGAGCUCAGGGUUUGCACUUUGCUUAAAGACCACCGACAAUGUGACAAAACUAAGGUUGCUUAAUUUUAAAAGGCAACCUCAAACUGCAGUAUUAUUUUGUGAUGUGGACCAGGAAAGCCAAGAUGAGCCAGGCGCUGUAGAGCCUCCAGAUUAGGUGUUGCUAACGGGGUCUUUUGCUGAUUUUGCACAUGGGGGACGUCUGUUUACUUGUCUCAAAGAAUCCUCCUGGACCUGUGGAAGUAUUUAUGCAGUUUUCUGUUCUGCUGAAGGAGAUUUUCAAUCUUUGCAAAAAUGACCCUCAUGAUGUCUCAGUGAUGUAAUCAGGAUUAUCUUGACCUUUGCAAUAUUUUAAAAUACAAAGGCUACUUUGAAUGGGGUUAUGGAUUUGGGAGUUUGGGUAAGAGUAAAGGAGUGUCUAAUGAAGGACUUGCUUUUUGGGAAAUGUCAGAUUCAGAACUGCAAAGCUAUAAAUUCAAAAUUCUGCUGCUUUGAUUUUAACCAUUCCUUUUAUUUUUUCAAAUUUGUACUGCAAGUUCUCCUCACUAAAUGGCUACAAUCGGGCUGUCAGAUGGAUUUGCAAGCAUAAAAUGUGACAAUUAACAGGAAGAAGAAGCGGUUUGCCACUUCCCUGUUCAUUUAGCAGACAGAAUUAGGAAAGAGACCAGUGAAGAUUGGAAUCCACUGGUGUUUUUGGCUGCUUGUAAGAAGACUGGUUGUCAUGCACUUCUUAAAUACCACAGAGUAUAAGGACUUGAGACUAAACUCUCCAAAACUCAAAUUCCAGACUCCGUAUUUAUCAAGUGCCCCAGAAACUUCUAGUGUUCUUGUGCUAAUAUAGCAGGUAACCUAUAAACACCGGUUACGCUGUCAUGUAAUUUCAUUUAGAAUUUUCAACUAGAUAACACUACAUUUGCUGUUUUCAUUCAGGAGUUCUUGUUACUGGGAUUUCAUUUGUAGUUCUAGCAUCCUAAAUAGUCUUAAUUUCCUUUGAUAGUGGUGCUCGGUUUUGUUUUUGGUCAACAGUGUUUACACAUGCAGUAAAGCUGAUGACAGAGGAAGAAGAUGGUGCAGACCCACAGGUUGUGGUUUUGGAGUUCUUUUAACUUUUGUUCUUGCCAGUGUGAACCAUGAGUUGUUUGGCUUUUGGGUCAUGGAAAGACUGUUUUUAGUGACCUCAAUGGAAACCUUAGAGCAGGACACUCCAAUACAACUUUUAAUCUCAGAGAUAAAUAAACAAAAAGGCCAAGUUUGUGUGCACUUAAGGUUUGUACAUCCUUAUGAAGGAGGGUGAGAUUUUAAGGCCGUUGGGUUCAACUCUUCUAAUAAUAAACCUGGAAACUUUGUUUGAACCAGAA